AUGCACAUGUUUGCUUGUUCUCUUGAUAUUAUUGCUUCUUGUGUUCUACAUGAUUGUGAAUUGUUAAAUCUUUAUGAUAGGCCAGAAAAGCUUAUUGUGACAGACAUAGCGAUACCACCUUUAGCUAUAUGCCCUUCUGCUUUUGUUGAUUUUGGAAGAUCAAGCAAUGAGGACAGCCUUACUAGCAUUUUGAGGCUUAUAAUUAACACAAAUUCUUUUCUUCGGGAGGAACUUGAAGGUUCUGGCUAUUUAUUCAAAUGUUGGGAAAUCUGGGCUCACCUUCAAACUCAGGUUGUUGAAUAUAUUAAUAGUGAAGCACCUUCUCUUACUGAGUCAAAGCAUCGUGGUCUUAUACAACGGCUUAAAGGAAAGCAAGGACGUUUUCGUGGCAACUUAUCGGGGAAGCGUGUUGAAUAUACUGCACGGACGGUCAUUUCUCCUGAUCCAAAUUUGAAAAUCACAGAGGUUGCAAUUCCUAUAUUAGUAGCCAAGGUGCUAACCUUCCCAGAAAGAGUUUCUUGUCACAACAUAGAGAAACUAAGACAGUGUGUUCGGAAUGGUCCAUUCAAAUAUCCAGGUGCCAAUUUUGUUGUGCUUCUGGAUGGUACAAGGCUGCACUUGAAGUAUGGUGAGAAGAAAAAUGUUGCUGCUGAACUGAAAUAUGGCUAUAUCGUGGAAAGGCAAGGAUAA